AUGAAUUUGCUAGGAGAUAAACAAGAAAGUUUGAUUUGUUACUGUUUGACUGCGAAUAACAACUUUUUCAGCAGCGAAGAGCGACUUGGAAGCGAAGGAAACUUUGAUGGAUCCUGGCAAUGAAGCGAUAAAAAAUAAUGCGGGUGGGCUAACAAUCUUUAUUGAUUGAUAUCUGAACAUGCAGAAACGAUUGAAAUUUUGGAGCUGGCCGAAACACGGCAGAUUCCUUUAGAAUUGACGGGCCAAAGUUCCAAUGGUUCCAACAAUCAGUUAGAUGAAGGAAAUGCUGCGCGAGGUUUGGAUAUCAUCAAACGUUUUGGGAUGCGAGUGAAAAAAGGUUCCUGAACUCUUUGAUAUCUUUAAUUCUAACGAUUUCAAGGAAUAACGCCUUUUUCCAAGCAUUCUGACACAAUUUCGGAGUUAUUAUCGGAAAUGGCUCAAAGCUCAAAGAAUGAGAGUUCUCUGCCGACCAGCAUCAGCGACAAUCUUUUGUCCAGUUUUUCAGUUUUCCUAUUCUCAUCGGAAAAGAAAUGUUCAGAAGAAACUCCCCUCUCUCCUGAUGCGAUUUUGGCAAAGUAUGCGGGGAAAUCGUGUAUUCCUCCGUUGCUACCGUCUCCGGUUGGAAGUAUCCCAGUAAAAUUCAUUUUUAGAUUUUCCCAUAUUUUUUGUAUUUAGGAAAGAAAUAUGCCCGAAGUAGAAUACUACAGCUCAACAAACCUUUUAUCAUGCAGGUUGAUUCGGUGUGAAAAAUAGAAUUUCAGUCUCUUUUAGGGCAUUCAGUGACACUUUGAGAAAACUGAGAACUGUUUUGGGCAACGUCUGUAAUCUGCCAAAACUCACGCUUCUCGAAAACACGUGAGUUCGUUCGAAUCUGUAUUUGAGCGAACUUAUCGUUGAUCAGAUUGAUACAGUUGGAUCAACAAAAAAGGUUGAAAGAAUUGCUACAAGCCGUGUUGGCAGAAAAGAUUCAUGGACGGGAUCAUGGCAUGGCUGCUCGAAUUCGCGAAGUCAUCCGAUGUGUCGACUUUUUUGACUCCAAUGGGUAUUUUUUUUUAAUUAUUUUUUUUUAGAAACGUGUAUUGCAAGAAUUUCGUUCACUUUUUCAGUGGAAAAAAUCAUCACAAAAAAGUUAUCAAUUUCUGAAUAUUAGGAUUAAAGCGGUAGAAUAACUUUUUUUGGAAUAAAAACAUUACCGGAAAAAAUUUCAUUUAAAAGCAUGGAAGAGUUAGAAAAACUGAUAUUUCAGAAUCGAUACUUUGAUCGAUAAACUGAAAGAAGGAAACGACGAACAGGAACGAAAAAUUUUGGACCUUCAAGCAAUGCGACUGCGUCACAUGGGGACGUUGUCCCUGCUCGACGCUCUUGAAUGUAGAAUUGAAUUGUGAGUUUCUCCCAUUGAUGUGAGAAACAUUUCCUUUACAGAAACAAGCAACUGAUUUUGGAGUCGCUAGUUCAGUUACUCACGAGAGCUUUCUUUUCGGUAAAAGAAGAAGAAGAACAGAUGACGGCUUUUGUUCGAGAAUUCAGAGCUCUUCAUGCUCAGGUGUGUGUUCAAGUUCUAGUAAACUUUUUGAAUGAGAAAAGUUUCUCAAAAGCAACUUAUUUUCAGGAUGAAAGAUCUGACGCGGUUCAAAAAAUGGUUCUUAGAUUACAUCAGAAAAUUCCCCAUCAUUCUUUGUGGAAGGUGACGAAUGUUCGUUCAGAAAUGAAAAAAAAAGCGUUUAAACUUUUUAGGAUGCUCCAUCAGCAAUGUUGUCCUACACAAAGAAAGCCUUGGAACGAGAAGUUAUGCGAUAUGUUCAUCCUCACGCCUUCUAUCCCAACAGUGACGCCGACAGAUUCCGCGAUGAGUGGGUUUUUUCUCUCUGUAACACCUCAAAUGAACUUUUCAGUGUGUUUUACGUCAACGUCAGCAAACUGGUUGCCAAAAUAACGCACAAAAGUGCAAGUAUAGCAAUAAACGAGGUAUGGGUAUUUUUCAAAUGAAUGGGAUUUAAAAAUUCUCAGAAGUUACACGGCGAGGCGCCUUGGCCCUCCGCUCAAGCAGAGAUCAAAGUAAUCAACGCUUACAAAUCGGCCAUCGAUAAGCUUGAAUGUGUUGUGAGGUUUGUCCUCAAAAAAACUAUCCGCUAAAUAAAAAUUAUAUAUUUGUCGUCUAUCAUAACGUCGAGUACGUAAACAGCAGACUUUACGUCACAAAAAGAAAAGGGUGUUCAUUCCAAAUUUUUUUCAUUUUAUCGUUCAUUCAUUUCUUGUAAGAAUGUUAAAAUUUGAACUUUUUGGGCUACUGAAAUGAAAAAUUUUCAAAUUUCCCAAAAUAAAAUUUUCUCAAUAGUUAAAAAUGUGUGAAGAUCUCAUAUAUUGAAAUGAGCUGAAUCCAAAAUACUUUGAUUUUCAAAAGGCUUUGUAACGAAUGGUAAAAAUAUUUUGGAGAAGCUAAUUAUUUUUUGAGUUCUUUUUUUAAAAUCAAGCUGUUUUUACAUUAUAAUUCUUGUGCGCUCUUUAAUAGGAAAAAGUGCAAAUUUGAGAUGUUGCGAGUGCAUCAACAACCUGGUCGCUAUGGCUGGAGACCAGAAUAUUGCGGCCGCAGACGAUCUGAUACCUGUCCUGGUUUAUGUGCUGAUUCAGGUUAUUCGAGCCUACAGUGAUUCUGUUUAUAUAUAUUUGUUUUUUUUAGGCAAACCCACCAGCUUUGUUGUCCAAUUUGCAGUAUAUCGAGUCCUUUGCUGAGAACAAAAUACGAGAAGGCCGGGAGGCGUAUUACUGGACCCUUUUCCAAUCUUCUAUUGAAUACAUAAAAACCCUUUUUUGA